CUCCCCCGUGCCCCGUGUAAACGCCUUCCUCCGGAUCAUCUGGCUCUCGUUGGGCGACGCGGGGAAAAACGGGCUUCAGGCUCCGCACCCCGUGUUUGUACCCGGUACGGACCCCGGGCUCAUGCGGCUGAUGCACCGCGGGACCGGCAGGGACCGGCCGAGGUGGCUGUGGCGGGGCGGCAGCGCUGCCUGCGCCCAUGUGGCUGUGGCCAUGCGGAGGGGACAGCGAGGGGACAGUGGCCACCCAUCCCUCGGCCGGGCUGGAGCGCGCGCUGCUGCGAUGCUCGCGGUUUGCGAGUCUGUGGGUCGCGGCUGGAUCCGUGUUUGUGCCUGUGUGUCGGAGGGGUUUAAUCCCCUGGACACUCAGAUGUCGCUCUUCAGGCAGUCGCUCUGCCCUUCGGGUGGCUGCUACACGCUUCGUUAAGUGGUUUUUUUUAUAAAAGUGGACAUUGCUGGGGCUUUUUCAGGAACGGCAGCCUGAUUUGCAAUGCAAGCAGUGGCUUGCUGCCUGUGUUCGGCGAGGAUGCUGCCUGUAGAAGUAGCUGGCUCGGUCCGAGCAGGCUUUUGCCUACCUGGCAAGAGCUCCGGAGCUGCAAACUUUUUAAAGAGGGAUAAGGUACUAAAUGAGGGAGCUGAGGCAGCUGAGGCCUCUUGUUUGCUCCCCCAAAUGACCCUAAUGGAGGGAGCCUCAGCGGUGAUCGCAUCCAAACCCACCGGAGAGAUGGGAAAGGUGACCUCCUCGGCAGGGACCCGAAGUCCCCACAAUUGUAAACCAGUAUUGCAGCCAGAUGGAAAACUGCCGUCUUACUGGGGGACAAGUCCACUCGCUUCGGGGUGACACGAGGAAAGGCCCCUCCGUUGGCAGCCCACUGCCGCAGGACCCCGAAGGGGGGUGUUUGGUGGAGAGGGGGGCUGCAGCACGGCUGGUGAUGUCCGAUGCCAGCGGGCUUAAGAGAUUUUGGGGUUUAUUUCUCAAUUCCUGCGGGCUGGCUGGGAGUUGGCGGCUGUUUCUUUGCAUCACGUGGCGGCGGCGGAGGCGGGAGGCUGCGAUGAGAGGCUCCCACUUAUUACUGCCGCGUUAGGGCACCGCAUCCUGCGGAGGAAAUGCCGGGGAGCCAUGUGCUGCGCCUGGCGAUAACGCGCACGGCCGCGCUUGCUCGGAGCGGUGGGAGCAAAAAGAGGCGUCUGAGCUGCCCCCAGCAGCCUCGGCAGGCCAAGGAGCCCGGGCAGAGGGGUGCGGGAGGACUCCCGUGCCCUUCGACAUCUGGAGCGCGGCAGAUAAAGCGGGCUGUGGGCUGCCAGCAGUUACCGGGGAGGUUUCGCUGCACACAGCGUGGCGGCAUGUGCUGCUUUUCAUUUAGUUUUACUUUUCUCCCUCCCAGCCAAACAGCCCCUUCUGGGAAGAACCCCUGCAAAGAAGGGGGAGGGGGAAAAAAUAGUAAAAAAAGAGGAAUAAAUCAGUUGUGUUUAAUCCACCCACUCCACUGCUUUCCCCCGCUGUGGGGUUUUGGUAUCACAAGUGCUGGCCACGCGUUAGUGCUCGCCCAGGCAUCCCCCGGCCCCGAUUCCCAUGCGUCCCUCUCCUCUCUGCAGACCCCAGCCCCGACAGCUCUCCAUGGCUGGGGGAAAAGGAAGAGGGGCAUCGCCGCGCCGGCUGCAAGCGGAUAGUCCCGGAGGGGCAGGGCUGAUGGUGACAGCAAAGGCAGAGCUGUUUGCUUGGGUCUGAAAUGGCGCAGGUGUAGGGAUGGCGCCAGCCGGGGCGAAGCCCCAGUGUAUUUCAUAGAAAGAGGGAGCCCAUUAGUGCCCUCACCCUGAUGAGGUUAAUGAGCUCAACCCCUAUCAGACAUCAGAGAAUCCAUGUGCCUGGCUUUGGCUGCUGCUGUGGGAAGACUUGCUCUGUUCCGCAUUCCUCCAGGGAGGCUGGAAGCCGGAGCUGGCCGCCUGCUUUCCCACCAGAUCGGUGGGAAGGGGUUGGGGUGCUCCCAAGGAGAAAGCUCUCCUUCCUCCCCUGCUGAAGAGGGGUCUCCGCUGCUGCCGCUGCAGGCGAUUGGGAAACGGGGCCAUUGCGUUGGCGCUGCCAGCGUUACCAGGUCCUGCGGUAACGGCAGGGCAGGGCUGGUUGCACAACGUCCCUGACACCGCGGGUUUUAUAGAUCAGUGCCUUUCGGGGAAAGGGGAAAAAGCAGUGGGGAAAUGUCAGAAGUCACAAGAUCCCAGGUUUCUGUCCCAGCUUGUCCAGCCUGAGCAUCAUCAUCAUGUGGAAGGGAUCCCAUGCCUGCAUCUCCUUCCCACACAGCAUCUCCCAGCGAGAUGGAUUGAAACACCACCCUCCCAAGGGAUCCCUCUCAGGCAGUUGGUGGGGGGGGCAGUUGUCAGCUGCAAAGGAAAAUAACCCAGCUUGGGACCCCCAGCCCAGCUGAGCCCCCUCCCGCUUCACAUCCUCCCAAUCGGAGUGUAAGGAAAGCCUGUGGCUUGUUUUGGCAGGACCAUGUGCAGCCAACUUCUCCUCCUGGGCAUGGCCCCCCAAAUGUCUCAGCCAGCACGUGGUGACAGAGGACCCUGCAGCAACAGGCGAGGCCGGGGCUGUGGAAAGCAAGUUUGGGGUUUUGGGGGUUUUCUCCAAUCUUUUUCAAUUUGAGGUGGGCAUUUUCCUUGGGUCAAAGUGAUGGCAAAUUUAGUUGGUACUGGAUGUUGUGGCAAUUACCCCGAGGCUCCUGAGGAUAAAGCUGUGGGAGGUGAUGCGGCUGCCCCACAGCCCCUUUCUUUGGGGAGCUGCUGCUGCGCGUGCGGGUGGGGUGCUGAGCUUCCUUCUGCACCGCAGGGAAGCAUCGACCCUCAAAGAGGCUUUCAGAGGAGUCCAGGGAAGCAGCGUCCUCCCUGGAAAGCGAGAAAUUGUUGAAAUUUGGAGAAGAAACCCAAGCCAAAGGAACAGCAGAGGGACACAGCCGGCUCGGUCAUGCCGGAGCUGCUGUUUUGGGGGAAAUGGCUGGGUUUGAGCUGGGGCUGGGGACAAGCAGGUCUAUGCGGGGCCAUCCCCUGGUCCCCCCGGCUGGGCAUGGGGGGGGCAGAGCCAUGGGGGGGACAGGGGUACCUCUGCUGGCGGCCAGGGGGGCCGGUGGACCUGUGGCCACUGUUCCUGCCUGUGAGUGGCCUGGCAGGGCUCUGCCUGCACGGUGUGGGGAGCUGGCAGCAUGUGGCCUGUGGUUUGCCAGGGCAGGCGGCGUGGCUCUGGGCUGCAGCUGGGCUGCAGAGCACAGCCACCAUGCUCGGGUGCCUUAUCUGCCCUCACAAGUCUCCCCAGUUAUCUGCUCCAUUUCCCCUUCUGCGGACAAGGCUUUUAUCUUAUCUCCGUGCACUCUUCCUCUGUUUCCUUCUUUGCUUUCUGCUUACUCUUGCCACAAAAAGAAAAAAAGCACAGGGGGGUGAAGAACAGACAUGAGAUCCUGCAGCAGUAAGUGCAUCCGUGGGUUUGGGGGAUGCUGGGCCAUGCUUGGGAGAUGCUGGGUGACGUUUGGACAGGCUUGAAGGGUGCUGGGUGGUGUUUGGCAAUGCUUGGGAGAUGCUGGGUUGACGUUUGGCUGUGCUUGGAGGGUGCUGGGAGACAUUCGGCCGUGUUGGGAGGGUGCUGGGUGACAUUUGGCCACGGUGGGAGGGUGCUGGGUGAUGUUUGACCAGGCUGGGAGGAUGUUCAGCUGUGGUCCAGCAAUGCUUAGACAGGUCUUGGGGCUUGCUUGGGUGAUGUACACAAUGCUCAGGUGAUGCUGGGGGAUACUGGGCGAAGGUCUAGUGAUGCUUUUAGGGCUCGGGCAAUGCUCAGGUGUCUCAGUGGGAUGAUCAGGCGAUGCUGGGCAGUACUGGGGGGAUGCUGGGUGAUGCCAGGAGAUACUGGGGGAUGCGGGGGGAUGCCCGGGAAGGCCGGGCGGUGCUGGGCCGGUCUGCCAGCUCCACCUGCUGGCACACACCGCCUGACACUGCAGCACCCGGCCCCGCCGCAAGCCCAGAACCAGAAGAGACCGUAAGGGAGAGGGUCCCCCUCAGCUGCAGCCUGUUGUGUUGGGGGGAAAUUGUCAAAUUAGCUUGAAAGGUGAAACGUGGCCGGGGGGUCCCCGCGGAAUUUGGGACACACUGUUUGCCUCACUGUAGUCUGCGGGCUCCUCACCUGAGCUGACCUGGCUUUGCUCCCCGCUGCCUGCAACAGACGCUCAUUGAGGCUUUGAAACGAAAGCAGCGAGAGCUUUUCAGGCUUUUUCCAAGGAGACGGACAGAGAACACUCCACCGGGAUCCCCCCCCGCCAGCUUCAGGCUGUGCAGGGCUGCCCAGGGAGCGCCUGACCGGAUCCCUGGCUUCCACGCUGAGGAUCAAAUGUUGUUUGUCUGUUGGGGUGGGCUGGGUUUUUUUUGGAUCUCUGCCAGGUGCCGGGAGGAUGGGAGAAGGAAAGCAAGUCCCUGUUGCCCUUGGCAGAGGCUGACUGUCAGAUGAGCAAGGCUUUCCGUGGCUCCCCUCCUCUCCUUUAGCCUUCCAGUGUGAUGCUGAGCAUCACAAAUGGAUAAAGAAAAGCUGCACAUGAAAACCAACGUGUUUUCUCCAGCCAGCGUGUGGGCAAGGUGACGUUUGGGGAGCUCUCGGCAGACCUAGUCACCCCCAUGCCUUUCCACCGUGGGCUGAGUGCUUGCCAUGGGGAAUUGCUUUGCUCAUGAUUUAUUUUCUCUCUUUCCCAUUCAGGAAGGCCAGCUCACUUCUCGUGUCACACGUCCUGGUCAGGACGCCGGCAACAACAUAUAAAUGGCCUCAAAACGGCACUUGGAGGCUCUGGACCCUGUGAUUUUCAACAAGCUACCUCGGCUGGAGGCAGAGCCUGCCACUGGCUUCCCCGCCGGCCUCUGCAAAUCCAGCCCUGUGCCCAACCCUGGCUCCGAAAACCAUUUCAACUACAAGGGCUCCUACUUUGCCUGCCCGCUGCAAAGCCCCGACAGUCCCGAGCAGCCCCUGGCACACUGGAGCCCAGCAGCCGCCUACCUGCACUAUGGCACCGGUGCCGGCAGCCAGCCCCUGCCAGCGGAGGGGCCGCUGGGCAGCUGCCUGCUGUACCGGCCCGAGAGCCUGGGGAGCCGGCUGCAGCCCCCAGGCACCGAGAAGGGCAAGGACAGUCUGAUGCGGGAGCUGCUGAUGGCGAGGGAGAAGUGGAGCAGCCCACCGCCAGCACCCGGACACCCCUUCCCAGUGAAGAAACCGGUGGCGGUGAACAAGGCGGCCCCCCUGGCUGUCCCCAAGCCAGUGUACAGAGCCCCUGUGUGCUUCGUGGACCCCAGGAUGGCUCUGCCGCUGGGACCCCGGGCGGAGAGCCUGCAGCAAAGACCGGGGGAUGCAGACUGGGCUCUGCCCGCUGCCACCCCCACCAGCCACCCUCUCCACCCCGGCGAGCCCCGCAGCGGCACCGGGCUGCACAAGAGGGGUCCCCACUCUGACCCCAGCCUCCCACCGCUGCACCGCAGCCUGGGACUGCCUGCCAAGGAGAAGGUGGGCUCCCCCAUUGCCUUCUCCCCCUACUAUGCCGCCUUUGAGAAAUACAGGGCCCCCCCUGGCACCCCCUUCCUGGAAGCCAGCUGCCCCACUGCCCACAGCCAGAGGAAGGUGCCCGAAGUCCCCAGCCUGAGCCUGGAGCCCUGGCCCAAGCUCCAGCCACCAGCCACCAGCCCAGUGUACCGGGAGAGGCCACCGCUGUGCUACCCGCACACCCACUACCCGCUGCCCCUCCAUAAAGCUGCCCUCCUCUACCACCCCCUGGCUCCCACCAUGGAGGCACAGCCCAGUGCCCUGCCCGGCGCCUACAAAGGCUUUGGCUUUGUGGGAAGUGAGGAGCCCCUUCCCAGCUCUUACCUUAAGCCCCAAGCCCCGAGGAGCUACUUUCCCAGCCCCUUGGACACCUAUGGACCGAGGGCAGCCGGCACCGGUGCGGUGGCAUCACCGCCCACCAAGUCAGCGGCACUGCCGAGGGAUGCUGAGCCGCCACAGCCAGCUGGCUACUUGCCGAGCCCUGGGUUUGCUUUCAGCCCCAGUGAUGCAGCUGUAUUCGGCACCUUCGCUGGCACCGAGCCUGGCUGCAAGCGGCACCAGGAGGAAAGUCCCCGGCGGCAAGUGGCAGCAAGGCACAACAGCGCUUUCCAACCUGUCUGCGCCCCAGAGAAGGUACCCAGGGGCUCUGGUGGGCUCACAGAAACGUUUCCCAAAGGAGAAGAGGGCUGGGUGAAGCCCAGCCAGGGGGAGCAGGAGCCCCCUCACCCAGGCAGGAGAAGGGCCAGCCCAGCCCUGCAGGAGACCCCUCGUGGGGGACCACCGGCUCCCGUCGUGGUAGGGAAGGGAGAUGCCUGCAAGGUCAAGGAUGCACCCAAGGAGCUCAUCCCCCCUUCUCCAUCUGCCUCCCCGCCGGAGGGGCUGAAAAACCCAAAGGAUGGCGAGGUGUCUCCUUCCUCCCCACCCAUGCCAGUGAUCAACAACGUCUUCAGCCUGGCACCUUACCGAGACUACCUGGAGGGGACCAAGGGCUCAUCCCAGCUCCCCUUCUGCAGGGAGCAUCUGCGGGGGGACACCCCACCCCAAAACAAGGGGGACAGCCAGGAGCCUGCCACCCUUGGAGAUACCUCAGUGAUGUCCAGUCUACUGCCUGCGGGGACACCGGCUGGCCAGGCACCGAGGACGGGCAGUGGCGCGGUCCAGAGCCAAGGGGAAAGCUGCUACAGAAGGGUCCCUGAGAAGCCAAAGCUUGUGCCCCAAGACGCAGGGUCUCAGGAGGGCAGCCCUGGUGGGGUGAGGAGUGGGGACCUGGCCCCUGAGGACAUGGUGCUGGACCUCAGCUUGAAGAAGAGACUGGUGAAAGCUGGGGAGACCCAGGGACCCCCCGGCCACGUGGAGGGAACGCUGGAUGGGGAGGGUGCAGAAGAGGAGGAGGGUCCAGGGGGGAAGUUUGGGGUGGGAGAGGGGGCCAAGCCCCAGGCGCUGCCCUUGCUGCUUGAGGUGGGCUCUGGGGACAAGAGCCACUUCCAGAGCUCGGCCACCUUCAUGUUCAAAAAGUACAAGAUCCUGCGCUCCCUCCCGCCCAGGACUGUGCCCCCCCCGCAGGCCAGCAGCCCCCACACCCCCCAGCCCAGCUUGCCACCACCCCCCCCCUCCCGCAGUGUCCCCACACCACCGCCACGGACACCCCCCACCUCCCCACCAGCCAGCAGCCCACCGGCCCCACCAGCCGGCCCCCAACCCAGCAUCUCUGCUCUGAGGGGGGCUCACCCUGACCUGCAGCAGCCCCCGCUGCCCGAAGUCCCCCGUGCACCCGCAGAGGGGAGCUUCUCACUGCCCAGGCAGUGUGAGACCCCUGCCCCACAGAGCUCCGCUGGCCAGUACUUCACAACCCUGCACACGUGGCUCUGCGACGUUAUUUCAUGCUCAGUGUCCAAGUCCUCCCCGGAGCUCCUGCAGGAGUGGUUGAAGGUGGCAGAGCCAGCAGAGCAGUUUGGAGAGAUGCCCAAAUCCCCCCUCAAGCCCAAGAAUGGCUCCAGGAUCCCUGAACCUCAGAAGCCCACCAAAGGCAAGGAGAUCUGGCUGGCUUUCCAGGAUGCGGCCACGCUCCUAACCAACCUGCUCUCUCAGCUGGAGACCUUCAUGUUUGCUCGCAAGUGUCCUUUCCCCCACGUAGUCCGGGCAGGGGCUGUCUUCAUCCCCAUCCAUGUGGUGAAGGAGAAGCUCUUCCCCAAGCUCCCGGGGGCCUCGGUUGACCAGGUGCUGCAGGAGCACAAGGUGGAGCUGCGCCCCACCACGCUCUCAGAGGAGAGGCACUUGAGGGACCUGGAGCUGAAGAGCUGCACCUCGCGCAUGCUGAAGCUCCUGGCACUUAAGCAGCUCCCUGAGAUCUACCCGGACCUGCUGAACCUCCACUGGCACAACUCCAUCCGGCAGCAGCUCGGUUCAAGCUCGCAGGCUGGCCAGCAUCCCUCCAAGUAGCCCUGGCGUGGAGGCACUGAAAGCCGAUGGCAAAGCGAUAGCCCUGGAUAGCACGAAGAAAAAGACACUAAGGAAUGUGUUGAGGGCAACAGCUGGGCUGCCUGCCCAUGAGGACAGGAGCUGCAUUUCCUCUAGUGCAUCACCUUCCAGUGCGUCUCCCACCUCCAUCCACAGCCAGCCAGGCUGCAGGCAGGGAACUGGGAGGGAACAGCUGGAGGUCCAGUGGAGCUGGAGGGCUGGAGCAGCAUCUGUACCCUCAAGAGAAGAAUGGAAAUGGCUACACCAUCAUCCCCAGCCUUGGAGAAAGGCUGGCUACUGUGGGGAUGAUUCAUCGCAUCCCCCCUCUCUCCUCUAAAGUCACCUCUCCUGCUUUAUACACGCCGUUCCCCAGAAAUGUACCUUCCUCCUGGUUUUUAAUCCUCAAAGUGCUACAGACUUACACAAUAUUAAGGGUCAAGGGAUCGCAACUUCUGUAGUUACAGGACUGAAUUGUUGUUGUUUUAAAUGAAGACAUUUUAAAAAUGUUACAUAUUUACCUUUAUAAGGAGCUGCUGCCUUCAGGUUAUGUGGGUGUUUUUUUAAAAAAACGUAGUAAUUUAUACUUGCCUUUUUAUUUAAACACACAGUUUCACCUGUUUACUGUGCUGGACCAAGGCGGUGGGAACGCGCUGGUUGGGUUCAGAGCAUCAGUCCCGAUCGCAGCUGAAAAAGGCUGCAAGAAAGAUUGACAGGCUGGUGAAACCCAAACCACAACAGCUCCCAGCUGCCCCAAAGGAGAACAUGGGAGAUGCGCGUUUAGGGAUGACUUCUGGAUGGAGACGUGGCCACCGGUGCGACCGGAGGGGCAGGAGAGGGGAGGGAUGCUGCGAGACCUCGGAAGGAGGGUCUGUCCCACCCCACGGGCACUGAAGGUGGGUGGGCAUCCCGGGGGGGCCCGGCAGCUGAGGACAGCAGGACUCCCCCUCGCCCGGUCUCGGUGGCGGUGCACAGCAGAGGCCUUACAAACUCAACACUCAGGUGUUUCUCCAGCUGACGCAGGGAUGGAGGAACAAAAUGAGGGUGGUUAUUAUUUUCAAUUUCACUACAGGGAAUAUUUAUUUUAAACUAAGAAAAAAGAAAAAAACAACUCUACCCAAACAGUACCAUAGACUCUUUCUAGCUGAAAGGUGUGUUUGCUGGUCUGGGGAGGCGAUGGCGGCUCUGUGUGUUCUGUGGGUGCCGUUCUGGUUUUCCACUGGGAUGUACUGGCCGUGUGGGGGAUGGGGAAGGGGGAACACUGCUGUUCUCCUUGCUCUCCUUUGCCAUGCCCCAUCCGUGCAUAGCAUUGUAAAGUGAUUCAGAAAGCAGUGUUUGUUAAUAAUAUUGUAAAUUGUUUUUAUAUGUGUGUGUAUAUAUAUAUAUAUAUAUAAAAAAAAUGAGGUUCCAGGGAAGAAAGUUCCUUCACUUUAUUUAAUGUUUUGUAAGAAUAUGAAUUUCAAGAGGUGCCUCACCUGAUUAAAAGGGUUUGGCUUGUUUCCAAACA